AUGGCCCCGAAACGCUCCCGCGACGAUAUCACCACCGCCGACGAGAAGCGGGAAACCACCAACGAUGCCCCCGUGAAGAAGAGAAAGGGUUUCAGCGUCGGUCCUGCCAACCUCCCAGAUGGAACAUACCGUCGCAAGACCCAGAAAAUCAAAAACGACCUAAUUCAAAAAGCCAAAGUCAAAAAGGCUUACGCCAAAGUUCGCGCCGCCGAGCUUGCCGCCGCUCCAUCUAGACCCAUCUACACCGAUGAUGCCCAAGAUCAAGACGAGGAUAACAAGCGCGCGGACCCGGCGCCGGCCUCGUUGGAACUUCACCCGGAUCGACAGGCUAUGCUAGACCAGCCGGCGCCGGAGCCCGAACCUACCCCUGCUGGUAGACUGCAGCGUGGGGAGAAGCGCAAUGCGAAGGGCCGUCGUGAAAGAAAGCCUAAGCCCUCUGCGUUUGCUCGAGAGAUGGAAAUUGCGGAGAAGCGGAGGAAGGAGGCGGAGAAGCGUAGGGAGGAGCGUGAGUUCAGGCAGAAGGAUCGCGAGGCGAUGGCGCGCGCGAAACGGCCGGAUCAGGCUGGGAAGAGGAGAUUGGGGAGGGAGAGUAAGGUGUUGUUGGGUCGGGUGGAACGGAUGGUUGGGAAGGCAUAG